AUGGCCCAAUACCCUUCUCCGCUGACCGAACCAGAGAAUGAGCUGCCUAGUAGUCAGGCCAGUUCAACUCUCGAGGGCUACCCAAGAGUUUACAAGGAUCCUGUCCAUGAUUAUGUCGAACUGCCCGCAGGAUUGUCGUGUAUCGUAGACACUCCUCAAUUUCAACGGUUGCGGGAGCUGAAACAGCUUGGGUCCGCCUACUACGUAUUUCCAGGCGCAGCACACAAUCGAUUCGAGCACUGCUUAGGCGUGGCGCAUCUCGCCCGUAAAAUGAUAGAGGGGCUGAGAACUCGGCAGCCUGAGCUCGGCAUCGAUGAUAGAGACGUCAAGUGCGUGACAAUUGCGGGGCUGUGCCAUGACUUGGGACAUGGUCCUUUCUCUCACGUUUGGGACAACAAGUUCAUUCAUGCAGUUUCACCAGGCACGAACUGGACCCACGAAAUGGGCUCCGAGAUGAUGUUUGACGCGAUAUGCAAUGACUACGACGUGGACCUUACCACUGAUGAGCAAAAUUUCAUAAAAGACUUAAUUCGUGGACGGCCGAGCUUGAGUAGUGGAAGGGUGCCGCCAGAGAAACCGUUUUUGUUCGAGAUUGUUGCUAACAAUCGAAACGGGAUUGAUGUCGACAAGUUCGACUACAUCCAAAGAGAUACGCACGCAGUUGGGAAUAAAAUGAACGAUGUUACUUCCCGCCUUAUUCGCUCCGCUCGUGUUAUUGACAACGAAAUUUGCUAUGCUGACAAGGACUGGUACAUGGUUUCCCAGUUGUUCGAAUCACGCUUUGCCUUACACAAGAUGAUUUACAACCAUAAGUCUUGUAAAUCAAUCGAGCUGAUGAUAGUGGAUGCUCUUGUAUUGGCCGACCCGUUUAUGCAUUUAGCAGACAAAAUCCACAAUGCUGAAGAGUAUCUUCACCUCAAUGAUUCGGUUUUACUAGAAAUUGAACGUUCGCAAACUCCGGAACUAGAAAAAUCCCGACAAAUAAUAAGAAGAAUCCGUACUAGGCAGUUAUACAAACAAGUGGAUGUUUACAUGUUUGCGGUUGAACACCGUAGCACGUUGAAAUCGCUCACACCUGAAAGGACAGCGGAGGUUGCUAAGACCAUCGUGAUGCCAGAAGGAGAGGAUGCCGAACUAGCGGCUGAAGAUGUUGCUAUCGAUAUGACUCUACUACACCUAGGCAUGAAAGAUAAGCGACCUGUGGACUUGGUCAAAUUUUACGGAAAGCCAUCGAGUAGGGCGGCACCCGAGAACGCAUCACAUGUAUUCUCGCAAUCAUCUCAGGAGCUCUGUUUGAGAAUUUUUACGCGAAACCCAGAGAAAUUUGGAAUUGUCCAAACCGCUUGUCGAGAAGUUUUGAAACAGCUCUUUCCUCCCGAAUCUGAUCAAAUGGCCGAAACUCCAUCUACACCCAAAACAUCGUCUAUGAAAAUACUUGAAGGUGUUUCUGGUACAAUUUCAAGGAGCAGUCCUCAAAAAACCUCCCAUGCUCGCUCUGUCUCUACCCCAUUUGCCCACAAUCCAUUUACCACGGUGCCCCCCAACUAUCGAGAGUCUGGAAGCCCUCAGCUCCAAGGCACUCUGACUGGAAAGCGUUACCGAGGAUCUCAGCAAAACACUCCGGAUAUCCCAGACCCAAAGCGCAUCCGACCUCUACCCUUGACUAACCAAAGCUCCCCGACCCGUGGGCGCUAG